AGAAAACAUAGGCGUGUGAAGGUUAAGGUCGAUAGUAAGAUGAGUUCCGGAAAACAAGCAGUUGGUCUUCAACCAUAUUUGGAUGCUGUAAGAAGAACUUUAACAGCAGCAUUAUGUCUAGAAAAUUUCUCGUCUCAGGUCGUAGAACGCCAUAAUAAGCCUGAAGUAGAGAUAAAAUCCAGCAAAGAAUUACUUCUAACGCCAGUAGUGAUCAGUAGGAAUGAAAAGGAAAAGGUUUUAAUUGAAGGAUCAGUGAACAGCGUUAGAGUGAGCAUUGCUAUAAAACAGGCCGAUGACAUCGAAAAGAUUCUCUGUAAGAAGUUUAUGAGAUUUAUGAUGAUGAGAGCAGAGAACUUUUUUGUUCUCAGACGAAAACCAGUUGAGGGAUACGAUAUUAGUUUCCUCAUAACUAACUUUCAUACGGAACAAAUGUUCAAGCACAAAUUAGUAGAUUUCGUAGUGCAUUUUAUGGAAGAAAUUGAUAAGGAAAUCAGUGAUAUGAAACUGACAGUUAAUUCUUGGGGAAGGAUAACAGCUGAAGAAUUUCUAAAAAAAUUUUAA